UUAAUGACUCGACAAAAAAUACGCUUAAUUCCAUUUUCUCAUUGAGAUUGAUAACAAAGUAUUAUCAUUUUACACAAAAAUAGAAUCGACGCAAAAUAUUCGAUUUAACGCGUGUUUCUCUCAGGUGUCAAGUUUUUUUUUCAUGAUAGUGAGAGCAAGGCGCCUGUAAGGCCAAGGAGGCCUGAUUCGGUCAACAAAUAUUUUGCUACUCGUCUCCAAAAAGGUAUUUAAUCGAAAAACAAUAGUUAUUACGUGAGAAAUUGAAACAAAUAGCUUGUCUUAGAAAUUCAAUCGGAAGUGAAGAUUUGAUAUCAUUGGGGGCUAGAAAGUAGCCCAGCCUGCUAGAUCGUUCUUACCGCGUUAAAAUAUCGAAACGGCGUCAAGAGAAAAGCAUUAGUGAUACUGUUUCUUCGAAAAGAGGUCUCGUUCGAGAGAGGACUCAUUGAAAGUGCCAGUAAUGGAAUUUUCGAAUUCGACACGGCAAAACGCUACAUCGCCCGUUCAACAAGGCCAGUUGGUCAGCUGGGGUGCUGCGUUCGGCGUGGUAGGCCUUCUUGUCUUUGCGACCAACCUCUUAACCCUUGUCAUCUAUGGCUUGAAUAGCAGACUGCGACGGAGAAGUGUCUACUGUUUGAUGAACCUCGCAGCCGCUGACCUGCUGGUGGGAUUGCUGGCUAUGCCCUUAUACAGCGCAUUUCUUCUUCUCGACAACGACUUUUUUGUGCGCAAUGGCUUCACCCUGUUGUAUGUCUCGGACAUCAUGUACAAUGUCACGUCCAACAUGUCCAUGUGCUCUCUGGUGCUGGUGGCACUGGAGCGGAUGAGUGCGACUGUCUGGCCGUGGAGGUACCGGAACACCCGCACGUCAAAGUUCAUGGUGGCCAUAGCUGCGACGUGGUUUGUGGGUCUCAGCAUCCACGGAGUGCUGUACUAUAUCAUGAAGUACGUCAUCAGGAGGAAGGUCCCCAUGCUGGCGGUCCUCGCCACCAUCCUUCUUCUCUCCAUCACCACCAUCUGUGUAUCGUACGUGACGAUCUACCUGAAACUCAAAUGGCAGCGACUGCAGCAGCAGGACCCGCAAGACCCGCGGGACCCGAGGCAAUCAAGCGAGACACAGGACCAGCCAACUGAGUCGGGUCUUGGUAACGAGACGACUCGUCCUCCGGGGAGUCUUCAGCGCACGAUGAUCAAAGAUAGAGAGCUCGCUCUUACACUGUUUAUCGUCACUGUGAGUUCUUUGGUUAGUUGGUUGCCCUACGCACUGAUGCAAGUCUUCGCGUUAACGAUCUCGUACAGGGCCAUAUAUGCUAUUACCCUUUUACAGUGCACCAACUCGCUCAUGAAUCCAGCCAUUUAUGCACUGCGCAUGCGUGAAUUCCGAUCUGCGCUGAUCCAGUUUGCGUGCAAGUGCUCUCGUUACUACCCACAUGUGGCACCUGCUGAACCGAACAGAACUGUUCAGUUGUCAGUGGCAGAGAUAUAAGCAGCUGAGAAGUCAACUCAGCAGUCAACUCUUGCUUACAGCGCGAGUGUUAGUCUUUAUUGCAGUGCAUUACUUCAGUAUCUUUGGCAGGAAAUAGCUGUAUAGCUGGUAAGGGCAGAGCUAAAGGCAGCCGAGAAGUCAACACUUGCUUACAGCGCGAGCGUGGAUCCUUAUUUUCAGUGUAAAGGUAUCAUUGGCAGGGAAGAAAAGAACUGUUCAGUUGUCAAGGACAGAGACAACAUCACUUAUCGCCUAAAGAACUUACUUACAGUUCCUAAAACAUAUACACCCAUCACUGGAAUGUAAAAGCAAAACUUUUGACUUUGGCCAUACCCCUUCUUAGAUACCCAGGUUUGACAAACGUCACAAGAACACUUUCGAUUUAUCGACGAAGAACAAGACCAUUAAUUGGUAGUUGCAAAGACGACAAACGAUUCAGAUUGUUCCAAAACAGGUUUUCCAAAGAAAGUAUGCGUAACUUGAAUUGUAGAACAGAAUAAUUGGAAUUGUUGAUAGAGAUGGUGCUGACGGCAUGCAUAUGCUUGUAUCACGCUUUUUGGGUCACGGCUUAUACGCAAGUGCACGUCAAGAGUUAUCCAAAUAAAAUGCAGAGAAACACCGGGA